AUGAUGACUGUCCAAAGGCUCCAACCAUCUGUAAUAGACAUUGAAUACCUUCAAACAACAAACGCAGCUGUUGGGUGCAAUGGCAACUCUUUUAUUGUGAGGUAUUUGGUGAAUGUUUUGCACUUCAAGCCAGAGAAUAUAAAGAGCAUCAACUCAAUCAAUGACUACCCAGAAGCCUUUCAGAGAGGAGAGAUUAAAGCAGCUUUUUUUGUGGAUCCACAUGCCAAAGUCUUCUUUGCGAAAUAUUGUGAUGGCUAUACCAGGGCUGGGGCUAGCUUCAAGCUUGGUGGUUUUGGCUUUGUCUUUCCAAAGGGUUCUCCACUGGCCACUGAUAUUUCAGAGGCAAUUCUCAAGGUAACAGAAAGUGGAGAGAUAAACACAUUGGAGAAACACAUGCUUUCCUUUUCAAACUGCUCCUCAUCAGUUGGCAUAUCCGAUGACCCAAGCUUAGACUACGAGCCUUUCUCCGGUCUGUUCAUCGUCUCUGGUGGCAUUUCUGCAGCUGCAUUGUUAAUCACCAUUGCUCGUCUUCUCGACAGGCACCGGCCGAUAACCGGCUUCAUUCAAACCUCACUGAUCAACAGAAGAGUUUGCAGUUGGGCUUCUUUGCUCCUCAUCCAAUGCUACUCGAGAUUUGGGUUUCAGUUCUUUAGAGAAAGCUUUAUUAGAAGAGCAAAUGACCAAAUGAAUGUGCCUGAUGCCCAGGAGGAGAAUUUGAUAGGCAUUGAGUUAGCAAGAAAUCAUGACAUUUGA